AUGGCGUGUCUUUUAAAAAUAGCUUUCCUUAUAGCAACUGUAUUGAGUGCUGGUUACGCUUAUUAUCCUGAUAUGAAGGAUACAUACAUACCAGAUGAUAUCCUACGUGACUUAAUAGACUCGUUCGCUGAGGAAGCAUCAGAGGAAUAUGACGAUAAUUUAUUUGGAAAACUUCCACCAUCCCUUGGCUUCUUGGCACGCGCACAAAAGGAUCAAACGGAACGAAUGAUGGAUUACGAUUCAAUCUUGGAGCGUACAAAUCCACAUCCAUCGUUGAGAGAUGAAGAACAUACUCAACAUUCCUCAUUGUGGGGAUAUCAAUUCAUGUCUGGCGGUGCUGGUGAAGGCCCUAAUAUCGUAAAGCCACAAGUCAAAACCGAUGCAACAUUGCCAGCUUACUGUAAUCCACCAAAUCCAUGCCCAGUUGGAUAUACCGAAGAACAAGGAUGUACAAAUGAUUUCGAAAAUACCGCAAGUUUCUCACGUGAAUAUCAAGGAGCACAGGAGUGUAUGUGUGACACCGAACAUAUGUUUGAAUGCCCAGCAGUAAAUCAGGAACAAGUUAAUACACAGCAAAGGAAUUUAGGCUCAUACUUCCGGCAAUUUCCUCAGGAACACAAGAAUAUGGUCGCUAAGAAGUUUUGGGUUAAGAAGUCAUCAAAGCCAGCCACUAAUCCAUACUUGCAAGGACCAAAAUUACCAAUUGCCGCAAAGAAAGGAUAUCAUGUGAAUUAA